AACAAACGCAGACGCACACACAGGGUCAGUUGCAACUGCUGGAUGUUUUUUUUCCUGUGCACUGCGAGGUUGUCAUGUCUCUGCAAAACAUGAUGUCUUCAGGAGGCCCCAGCAGUAGCCAAACCUGUGGGCUGGUGCUCAUCUCCACCUUGCUGUUGCAGUCCGUUUGCGUUGCUGUUACUUACAUCUACUUCACGAAUGAGCUGAAGCAGCUGCGAGACACAUAUGCUAAGAGUGCCAUUGCUUGUCUCACAAAUGAAGACUUUGGAGCCUUCAUUUGGAACUGGGAUCCCAAUGAUAACGAAGAAAGAAACAGCAGUCCUUGUUGGCAAAUAAAAUGGCAGCUGCUCCAAUUAAUUAGAAAGGAGAUUUUGAGACACUUUGAGGACUCAUCUUCUAGACUGGAAGAUCAAAGACAAAAUAUCCUUCCCCCGGCCAAAGAAAGAGGUUUGAAUAUCCUGCAGAGAAUAGCAGCUCACGUAACUGGAAACUACCGUAAAAGGAAUCAUCUUCCGAGAGAAAGUUCUUGGCUUGGUGGAGCUGUGGGUCAGAAAAUAAACUCUUGGGAAUCGGCAUGGAAAGGACAUUCGUUUAAGCAAAAUGUGGAAUUAAGAAAUGGAGAGCUAAUUAUUCCUCGAAGUGGGUUUUACUAUAUCUAUUCCCAAACAUACUUUCGAUUUUUGGAACCUGAAGAAAACUCAGAAUCAUCUUUGGUCAAUGGCAGGACUAAAAAAAGUGAACAAAUGGUACAAUACAUCUAUAAAAUAACAAGCUACCCAGAACCAAUACUCCUUUUGAAAAGUGCCAGAACUAGCUGUUGGUCUAAAAAUUCAAAAUAUGGACUCCAUUCUAUAUAUCAAGGUGGGGUGUUUGAGUUUAAACAGAAUGACAGAAUUUUUGUCUCUGUCAGUAACGAGAGUAUGAUAGACAUGGAUAAGGAAGCUAGUUUUUUUGGAACGUUCUUGAUUGGCUAAAUGACUAAAAAUCACAAAGCUAAGAAUAACCAUAAUUAAAAGUCAGUGUUAAUUUUCAUAUAUUGCAAGUUAUAAUGAAAUGAUGAAAGCACGCCUAACAAAAAAAUGAUCUUUGUGCAGACUGACCCAUCAAUAUAAAAUGUGGUUUCACAUAAAGUUGGAAACCUCUGAAAAAAUGAUCUGUCUUCACAGAAGAAGCAAUGGCACAAGACCAUGUUGGGGCCUGGGAAAAAAAUCCCAAAGAUACAAUUACUUAUUUUUCAUCCAGAAUUUAGCAGAUACUGAGAUUUGUAAAUGCCAAGCAACUACUCUGUCUCAUCUUUGUGUUGCAGUGAUGCUCAAGGAAAGGGUGUGAUCUUUCCUGAGACUUCAGAUGAAUUUGGCUAUCUCUGAUAUGCUUUAGUUAUUUCCAAAAGAAAGAAAAUUUUUGCUUAAUUUGGAAUUACUCAAAAAUUUGAACCCUGAUCUGUUGAAAUAGGGGCAGUCAAAAAUGCACUCGGGAACGAUAGCUCUGUAGUUUUGUGCUAUCAGAGAGGAGGGUUUAGAUUGAGAGUAGAAAAUUCCACAAUUUGAGUAGCAAGUGCCUUAAGUAAGCAAAAGAGUUACCAGCUAUUUUUAGGGAUGAAAUGAUCAAUUCCCAAUGUUUCACUUCAACCAUAAGAGGUUUUAGCAAAUGUAAAGUAGAAACAACAUCUGUUUGUCAUUUUUUUCAGGGCAGUACUAUGUGCUGGU